GUCAGUUGCGAUAUUUCACGGUAGUUGUGUGAACCGGAGGGUGUCUCUCUUUCUUAUUUAAAAGAUUAGUACUAGAUGUAAUGCUAAUUUUUUUUUCUUAAUUAAUUAUAAAAUAUAUUUAAUAAUUUCAAACGAUAUCAAACAAUCGACAAAUAAAAUUUUUUCAAACGAAAUCAAACAAUCAACGAAUAAAAUAUUCAGUUUAGUUUUACUUCUCAUAACACUUAUGUUCAAAGUCACAAGUUAUUACGAUUAUUAUAAACAACAUAAAAUACUUUAAAUUUGACUGAAAAAAAACGUAUGACAUACUCAACGCUCGUAUUUCUGAGUUUUAAAGCGAUACUUUCGUCAGUGACUAAAAAGUAUGGCAACAAUUAUUAGAUCUCUUGUAAGAUUAUAUCAUUAUAUUAAUGAUGAAGUAUCAGAUCCAAGGACGAAGGAUUGGUUUUUAAUGUCUUCACCAUGGCCAGGUGUUGCAAUACUUGCAUUUUAUUUAUACUUCGUAUUCACUUUAGGGCCAAGACUUAUGGCAAACAGGCCGCCAAUGAAGUUAGAUAGAAUAAUGCAGAUUUAUAAUGUUAUUCAAAUAUAUUUAAGUGGCUAUCUUGUGUAUAAGGCUUUAUCCCUUGCGUGGCUUAAUGAAUAUAGUUUUGUUUGUCAACCAGUUGAUUAUUCAAACUCUCCGCGAGCAGUGGAGAUUGCGGGAGCUGUGUGGUUGUAUUUUAUGGUUAAAUUAUUUGAUUUGAUGGACACAGUGUUUUUUGUUUUAAGAAAAAAACAAAAUCAAGUAUCUUUUCUUCACGUUUAUCAUCACGCCGGAAUGGUAAUGGGCGGGUGGGGUGGAGUUAAAUUUUUACCAGGCGGCCAUGUCACAUUUUUAGGUUUAGUCAACUCUUUUGUACAUGUCAUUAUGUAUAGUCAUUAUUUAGCUACAUCAUUAAAAAUAAGUAAGCCCUGGUGGAAGAAAUACAUCACUCAACUUCAACUCACUCAAUUUUUUCUACUUCUGAUUCACUUUUCUCAAUUAAUCUGGACAAAAGAUUGUGGUUUUCCUCUCUGGCCUGCGGCAAUAUUUAUACCACAAAACCUUUUCAUGAUGGUGUUAUUCGGAGAUUUCUACUACAAAGCGUAUAUAAAAAAACCAACGCCAAAGACGAAUCAAAAUGGUAUUACGCAAAAUAUAGCUAAUGGAAGUACAAAAAGCCAAUAUGAAGAUGAAGAAAUAGGAAUAGAAAUUAAGAUGAACUUUAAUGGAGAACGAUUUAUUGUUAUUGAAGUAAAAACGGAACACAACCACAAUACUAAUAAAAAUCUAGCUCGUUAUUACCCGAAAUUUAGAAGGCUUGAUAAUGGUGAUAAGGAUAAAGUAACUGAAUUACUACACGGAAAAAAAUUUAUUGUUGCUGCAACAGGAAGCAGCCAUGUUGCAACAACAGGAAAAAAUCCUGUUGAAAAAAUACAUCUCAUCACAAUGGCAAGCUUUAUGAAAAUGGUAGUCAGCAAUUACAAUGAAAUCUUGGAAAGCAAUAAAGAUCCACUCGUAGACACGUGGUUUCUCAUGGGUUCACCGGUACCUGUCCUUGCUAUUCUCAGUACCUAUCUCCUCUUUGUUUUAAAAGUUGGACCAAAGAUGAUGGAAUCAAGGCCACCUUUCCAACUCAACAAUGUACUAAUACUCUACAAUGCUAUUCAAGUUUUAUUCAGCAUUUGGCUAGUGUCCUUGGUUUUAAAUGAUAAAUUUAUCAGCUUCAUAUAUCCAAGCAGUUGCAGCAAAGAUGACUUAGCUCCAGAAAAAAAUGUACAAGAAAUGAUUUCAUCGGUAGCGUGGUGGUACUUUUUCGCGAAAAUAAUUGAGCUUCUCGAUACGAUAUUCUUCGUUCUUCGGAAGAAACAAAAUCAAGUUACUUUUCUUCACGUUUACCAUCAUACGAUAACUGCUCUAUUUUCAUGGUGCUAUCUGAAACUUUUACCCGGAGAACAAGGACUUUUGAUUGGUUUCUUAAACUCAUCUGUGCAUAUAGUCAUGUACACCUACUACAUGAUCGCUGCUUUGGGACCACGGUAUAGAAAAUGGUUAUGGUGGAAAAAAUAUAUGACUUGGAUGCAACUGAUCCAAUUCGGCCUUAUGCUUGUCUACCUGGUGGCUAUUCUUGCCAUGGACUGUGCUAUGCCAAAAGCCCUUACCUACUUCUUUGUUACGAAUGUUGUUAUUUUCAUUUAUCUGUUCAGUGAUUUCUAUCGAAAAUCUUAUGUGAAGAAAAAGACAAUUUAAGUGAUAAUUAUCACUCAAUGCUCUGUGAAUAUGUGAAUCGUUUGUAUAAAUCUAAAUGUACGAUAAAUUUUUUUUUAAGUAAUAGAAUUAAUUUAUUAGAAAAUGGAUGAUUACAUACUGUUGAAUAAUAAGGAGGUAAUUUGUACCGGGCUGAUGAAACCACUAAUGUCAUGAAUAAUUUACAUAUUUUUGAAAGUAUAAAUAGUAUUUCAUUUUAUUUAUUAGCAGAUAAAAUGGUAGUCAGUGAAGUGAAGUAAAUUUGUUCCAGAAUUAAAAUAGUGUAAAAAAAAAAUUAAAAAUUAUAUUUCAACAAUGCAAAUACAAACGUUUUUAUCUUGAAAAAAAAAAUAAUGUUUUCUUAACUGAUUACCAAUGAAAAUAACUUUUUUACACUUAAUAAAAAUUUUCUGUCGUUUAUAGUUAGUAUAAGUAAUUUAUACAAAAUAAUUUAUACAAAAAAAAAAUACGUUUACGUACAUCAGGUACAUCGUUAAAAUGCUUGAAUUAAUAGUGUACAUCUGAAGUAAUCAAUAAACAAUACAAUUUUGA